AAAUGGGCCAAAGGUCACAAAAUCUUAAGAUCAGUGUUCUUCCAUCCACUUUCACUGUUACGCAAUCUAGUAAAAAGAAGAACAAUCUAGAAACAACAGCUUUUGCAUUGCAUCAUCAUCAUCAUCAAAAUCCGAAAACGAGGUUACAAUUGUCUGAUACUCAGUUACCAAAGAAUCUAGGGUUUUACAGCUUCUUCUUCUCCCAAACAAAUAUGAGUCGCCAUCCGGAGAUCAAGUGGGCUCAAAGGGUUGACAAAGUUUAUAUCACGGUUCAGUUGCCGGAUUCCAAAAAUGCGAAAGUGGACCUUACUCCGGAUGGUGUUUUUACUUUUUCUGCCACUGCUGGUGCUGGAGACCAUUUGUAUGAGCUCAAUUUGCCACUCUUUGAUAAGGUUAAUGUAGAGGAGAGCAAAAUUAAUGUAGGGGUGAGAAGCAUAUUCUGUGUUGUGCAGAAGGCUGAAGAAGAAUGGUGGAAAAGGUUACUGAAAGCAGAAGGGAAGCCUCCACAUUACGUGAAAGUAGAUUGGGAUAAAUGGGUGGAUGAAGAUGAAGAUGCGGGUCCCGGUGACCUAGACUUGGGAGGGAUGGAUUUCUCGCAAUUUGGUGGGGGUGACGAUGCUGUGGGUGAUGAUUUUGAUUACAGUGAUGAUGAAGGGCAAGAAGUAUCAAAUCCUGGAAAAGAAGAGGAUGGUGAUAAGGAGGGAGGUUCUGCUGUUGGAAAAGAAGCUGGCAAGAGCACUGUUGAAGAAGCUACUCCGAGCACAUAAUGUCAUUGCGGUUCGUGAACUUAAUACUCGGAAAAAUGCGUUUGGAUGUGUUGUGAAAUUUCUGUUUGGCUGUACUAUCAAAUGGUAAUUGUCUAAGUAGAGAUAAUGAAAUUACUAUACUUGUGUUUGGUAGCAUUAGUUUGUGUUAUGUUGCAGCAAAAGCUCCUUCAAGUUGAAGUAGGAUAUUGUAAAAUUGAGAACUUUAUUUAUUGGAGAGGCCGGAUCUUGAGUAUCUAUUUUGGACGGUGCUUAGUUUUGAGAAGUGGUGUUUUGGUUAAA